CGCGGACCGAGAGGGUACGAACUGCUGCCGAUCCGAUUGAAUCCGGUCCGGUGUUUGCAGUGCUGGCUAUCGGGGUUUGCAUGUGAUAGCUCUGCACCGGAGCGCAGGUAGUUCGCUGUUCUUUACGCUGAUCUCAGCUCGCCCAUGGUGCAAGGAACAAUAUAUUGUUUAAAGAUCGUGAGACUUCUUUACCGUUACACAUCCUUUCUACUAUUGGGUAGAGGAGACUCCAUUGUGAACAGCAAAUAAAGUCGACUGGAUUGAAUGAAGUGCAGAUAAAUUAUGGCUUCACCCAGCUGAAAGCUGAAUGGUGGAUGGUGAGAAGGGAAGAGGUAAACAGAAUUGCUGGAGAAACUCGGGAGGUCUGGCAGUAUCUGUGGAAAGAAAGAAAAGCAAAGUCUCGUGACUCUUCAUCUGAUGAAGAGCCUACUGACAUACCUCAAUCCAGAUAAAAUACAGUUAAACAGAAACAAGAAGGUUUCACAAACCAACGGGUCACAUAUCGAAAGAAUCUGAGAAAACCUCACAGGAAAAAGUGCAGCGAUAAGGAUAAAUAAAUUGGUUUGUUGAGGAGUGUGAAAUUAGUAUUUAAGGAAUGACAAAAUGAAUAAAUUAAAGUGAAAGAAAAAGAAGAUAGAUGAUGAAAAAAUCUACAGUGAGAAUGAGUCUAACACACUUGUAAUGCUCCAAAUUGGCUGAGGAAAGAACAUUCUAUCAGUACAUUCUGUCUCACAAGAGGUACUUUUACUAACACGUUGACAUUGUCAAGGCGAAGCAUAUAUUAUUUCCAUUUUAGGGAAACAGGGACACAUUAGAGACUUAUUGGUCACUAUCAGUUCACAAGUAAUCAAGAAUAUUAAACCGGAAAGGAAGACAGAAUGACUUCUUCAUUUCAGAAUAGCACAUUCUGCACAGACAAAGAAGGUAACAAAAAAGUAAAGAAUAGCAAUCAACAACCAGUAGGAACAGAUGGAGAUGCCAAUGCAAAUGAAUUAGUAUUGCAGACAUGUUUAACAGAAGAAAGGCAUAGCCUAGCAGCUGGUAUUGUGAAUGAGCAUCUCCAUAUAACACAGAACACAACAAUACCAAAAGAAGCUCCAGAAGACCCUGUGAACCAAGGUAGGGAGUCUCAAUCAGCUGAGGUCAGGAAUCAGUCAAACAGAAGCAGAAAUCUGGAGUUUUCGGAGCUGCUUAAGUGUGAUAAAACUGAAACUGUUGAAUUGGAGAAUACAGAACAUCCUCAGCACAAAGGAAAACCUUGCAGCUUGCAGUUCCCUGCAAAGGAAGAUCAGAAAUUUGGCGCAGGUAAAAUCAGUGUUUCCCAAAUUCAAAAGGAAUGGUAUACCCUGAAAAGGCAUCCUUCAGCUGCUGAAGCUGCUGUGGAGCAUCAAUGGCUAAAGAAAGAUGUAUCAGACGACGAUGAAAAAGUGGACUCUAUUCAAUUGUCGUGUGAGGACUCUUCAUCUUCCAGUUCAUUAGAGAAAGCGAUUAAAAAGGACGGAUCAGUAGAGACCAGUGCAUCCAGAAAGGGUGCUAUUGGAUGUUUUCCAGAUGACAUCUCAAUGACUGACUGUUGUGGUGGAUCAGUGAGUUUUCAGGAAUUUUACAUGGAUGUCGAUAGUAGCACUCAUGAUUCACAAAAGGAAUCAGAGGAUGUAUUCAAAGCUGCUUCUCCAUCUGACUUGACUUCAAUUGAAACAACUCGAUUUCGUAACAAUUCAAUUAUCUCAGAAAACAGAAAGUCAGCCCCAGAACUUCAAACAAAUGUAACAAGUACACUGAAUCUUGUAAAUGUAAGUCCAUCACAUUGUGAAAAUAUAGUAUCUAUCACAGCUUCAGAUAAUGAACAAUUGGUGGCUAUAAAUAAACCAGAAACCCAGACAAACCUGAAAGUAUUAUCUGAUCAACGUAGGGCGAAUGAUGCACAGAAUCAGUUUUCUAUAAUUAACCAGCAGGUCCCUGGUGGUUUUUUGCCUGAAGCAACAGUUCAGAGCAGGAGAAAUAUUUCCGAAGUAAAGGAGGGAAUUGAUCCUUGUGAUGUUAGCCUGCAGUCACUCACCAUGCUUCCUGAAGAGACAGUCAAAAUAGAGAGUUCAAAAGAACAAUGUCUUAAAAUUCCCAAUGUUGAAGAAGACCAGCCCUUAGUCCAACAGCUGGAAUGUUAUUCUGGUGAUAGUCCAGUACCUUCAGUAGCAGUGAGACAGGGUUAUAAAAACAAAACAGUCAGUCUGUCACAAACUGAAUUCUGUGGUAUUCAAAAUUUUACAGAAGCUGCUGAACAUCUUGGAAAUUCUUUUUCCAGUGCUACUAGUAAUGUGGCUGGCGUGAAAUCUGCUGCUUCCACAGCUCCAAGCACUACCCACAAGGCAGAUAAUGACAUUGAAAGUGAUAUACUGCCAUGUACAGGAAUGAAUAACCUUUCUAGACAAGAAUUUGUCAGCCUUCAUGAAGGCUUUGAAAGCAUUGAUGGCAGGAAAAAAGACACAAGGCAAUCUUUUGUGAGUGGCAGUGGUUCAGCAGAACACAAAGCAGUUCAAGUGGAAAGCAUUUCCAGUGUGACAGAAAAGGACGAUUCCGAAACCCUCAGUAGUGCACAAUCAGAGCUGUCAAAGCAUUCAACUCAGCUCGGUGUAAAUACAGGCCUGGGUCAUUUGCCAAGACAAGGAGUUAAUCUUGGUCAGAAUGAUGAUGAGGGUUCUGUGAAAAAGACAGACAACUUUUCACAAAAGAAAACAAACGAAAUAAACAGCAAUGUUAUAGUAAUUGGAGAAAAGCGGGUCAGAAGGAUUUCUGAAGAGCUUCUGCACUCUGAGAGCCCAGUUGUGUCUCAGACUGUAAAUCCUGAAAUUAUGACUUGUACAGAAGUUCAGCAGAUGGUAAAUAUGAAAGCUGCCAAUCAGUCCUCAGAUUCUGGUUUUCAGGAAAUCUCCCUGCUUAAUGCUGGGAUUUUAUCAGAAUCAUCGCUACAACCUCCAGUAGGUGACAUGCAGAUGAUAAAUUCAUUCUCUAAAGCUUCUGAUAAAGCUGUUUGCAACAGUGGAAUCCCAAAACCAGUACUACAGCAUCCUUGGACUGUUCUAACAGACAAAGAAGAGGUAGAAACAAAUUACCAGCCCAUGCCUGAAGGAAAGACUGAAGCUAAACCCAUUCCUAAACCCAAGUACGUGAGACCUAAAAUUAUAACAUACAUUCGGAAGCCACUUCAGGUAAAGCCACUUGAUGCUAUCCAUGAUGCUCUGGGACUAUCUCCAAAACUUUCAACUUGGACCGAAUCAAUUUCCAAACCCUGCAUUUCAAAAGACCACAAGACCUCUGUGUGUGAAAAUAAACCUCUCUCUGUGCUCAGUGUUCCUGGGUCUGCUCAUGACAGAUACAGACCAGAGUUGCAAAGGACUAGGAUAUAUACCACUGGAUUGAUGGUGUCUGGAAUCAAACCUCCGACUCAACAGACAUUUCCCAGGAUGAUGGGAAAACCAUUUCCUUCUUCCAGUGAUGUUGCAUCAAAAAAAGCACCUGAAAUGUUUACUCAGGAUAGCACUUCUGAGAUAGACGCCCCUUCUGUUGGUCAAAUUAGUUCUGGACAGAAUGUGGCUUCAGUUCCAGAAGAGUGCUUCAGUCCUGCACCCCAUACAGCUGUUUCUAGGUUACCCAAAACUCUCAGGCCACCGUUAGGCCUAGGCGCAAUCUCGAGACUUCCUGCAGCAAAAAGCAGGCUUGCAUUGCAAAGCCAGAGAACAUCGCUAAAUUCCAGUGCACUUCAAAUUCAAGGGCAAGUUGGCCAGGAAAUUACAGUUGUCACUGUGCCUUCUCUUCUAAAGAAUUUGGCUCUUUACUGGGUGGACCAGAAGAAAAAUACUAUCCCAAUUGUCCAAAGAUCAAGUCUCCCAAAAUAUCCUGGGCAUUCUGGACUCCGUCCUCCUGGUUACUCGCGAUUGCCAGCCGCUAAACUCGUGGCUUUUGGAUUUGUUCGGAGUUCGAGUGUGUCAUCUGUCUCCAGCAACCAGUCAAAUGACAGCGCUCAUAGUGACCACAGCAAAACCGCAAAUCGUUCCAACAGUGGAAGUGAGGAGAAGGUCAAUUUAAAGACAGGAUUCCCAGUCAGUGAUGUUUCCAAAAGGACUGGGAAGGUUGGACGGCAGCCUUCGAGCAGUUCAGCAACAACUUGCUGGAGUCUACUUCCUGCAUCGAAAUCCACACCUGCAAGCACAGGGAAGAAAGAAGUUCACAAAGAUCACGAUGUUCCAAAACCUGUGACUUCAUCACCCAAAAGGCAUGUCACACCUGCCAGCAAGCUUCACCCAGCAGGGAUAGGCAAGCUAAGAGGUGCUGCAGGUGUUACAAGAAAUGGAUUUUCCGCAAAGACUGACCUCCAGUCUCGAGAGACUGAACGGCAGACUGUCCAGCGUCUCAAGGACAAAUGUAAGAAGCAGGCCAAGCAGCUGCAAUCUCUUCACGAACAGCUACAAAGAGCAAGCCUUAGCAUUGAAGUUCUUGCUGUCACUACACAGCAUUUCCAUCAUAAAAAUGAAAGCGCCCUUAUCAAAGAGAAAGAACUGUCCAUUGAGCUUGCUCAUAUCAGAGAGGAAGUAGCCCUUAAUACAACACGAUGUGAAAAGCUACAAAAGGAGAAGGAGGAGCUGGAGAGGAGGUUUGAGAACGAGCUACAGAGGUUACAUCUGCAACAACAAGAGGAGAUCCUAGAUCUUGAAGAAAGACUGAAGGCUCAUCAUGCUGCAGAAAAAGAGCGUAUCAUCCAGGAACACAGGGAACACCUCAAGAAAAUUCAAUCUCAGCAUAAGGAACGGAUGGAAGAUUUAGAAGCUGCCCAUAACAGUGCCAUCACAGAAAUGGAGAACAAUCAGACUGUUACAAUAACUAUUCUGCAAGACGAACAUGAAAAGAAAAUUGAAGAUCUAAAAGCCAUCCAUGAAUUAGAGAGAUCGGCAUUGGAAGAAGAGUUUGAAAAACAAAGACUUUCUCUUCAGGAUCAAGUUGACACAUUAACAUUUCAGAACCAUUCACUGAAGGACAAAGCAAAACGAUUUGAAGAGGCCUUAAGGAGAAGUACAAAUGAGCAAGUUGAGACUGCCUUGGCACCAUACCAGCACCUGGAGGAAGAUAUGAACAGUCUGAAACAUGUUCUUGAAAUGAAAAAUCAACAAAUCCAUCAGCAGGAAAAGAAAAUUAUUGAAUUGGAAAAACUGGCUGAGAAGAACGUGGUAUUAGAAGAAAAGGUUCAAGUUCUUCAGCAACAGAAUGAAGACCUGAAAGCCAGAAUUGACAACAAUGUUGCUUUAACAAGACAACUGUCUGAGGAAAAUGCAACGCUGCAUGAAUAUGUUGAAAAGGAAAGCAAGGAAAUGAAAAGACUCAGCCGAACAAACGAGGAACUGGUCUGGAGACUCCAGACGGGAGAACCUGUCAGUCCUGUCAAAAUAUCCUCCUCAUCUUCAACUUUCCAGUCUUCUCAGGGCACACUUUUUCCUUCAGCAGUGAGUGCUAACCCAAGAUGAUGAAAAGGCAUCAGAAUGAAAACACAUGGGCCAUCUUUAUGUUACUCAGCUCAGCUUUAACUGCUGAAUAUUAUGCUUGGUUUUGCUCAAAGGUUCAGUAUUUGUAAAUGAUAGAUUUAUAAAAGUUGCUUUGAGCAUGCUUAUUGACAUAAAGCAGCCAGUAAGAGGAUUUGCUAUUGAAUCCCCAGUAGUCCUUGCUAUUGAAAUCCAAGGAAUGCAUUUUCAGUGCAUUAGUUCUUAUUCAGAUGUACCCUGUACAGUUUGAUGGCUGGAAACUCUUCUGAAACUGUAUCAAGAUGUACCUAUUAUUGAUCAGGUAUGCAAAAAACAAAGAGGGAGAUUUUCCUUGUCUAGUUGGAUUUUUUUUUAAAAGUUAGAACCUGUACCUUUUUGGGUUCUUUGACAACAGUUUGAAGAUAAUUCUUGUAACUGAGAGUUCAGGAUUUUGCUUUUUGCCAUUAGCAUUGGGCAGAAGUGCAGAAUUAUAUAUUUUUACACGUUUGUUGAAAUAUCUUAGCCUGGUGCCUCUUUUGGAAUAUGUCCUGAAUAGAGUGAGAUGAUCUCUUCUUCAAAUAAAUCUCUGCAUUGCUUAACCACUGAAUUGAGGAGGGAACAAAUGCAGCCUGAUGUCUCUAGGUGGUGCUACAGAUCGCUGAUGUGUGCCCCAGCAGCUCAUGAUGGAACAGAACUACUGUCCUCGACUCAACAGCAGUUUUUAAGCUAUACUCCAAAGCUGCCUUUUCUUUUUGUAUUGUGUCUAGCUUAUGAGGGCACAAGAAAGGUUAUUCUGCAGCAGAAGGUCAGUAUUAAGUAGCCUGCGAUCUAUUUCUGCUGUUGGGAUUUUCCUUCCCCACCCAAGUAAUGGUUGAGGUGGUGAGUGCACUGCCAGUUGUGCAGUUCUAGCAUGUACCUCAUUGCAGUGAAUGUAAAUAGUUACAGACUGUGGAGAUAUGUGAGUAAAGACUUGUAGUAGAAUUUCAGUAUUCAGAAGCUGGCACCCUACCUACAGCACAUAAAUUUGAAAACCUUGAGCAGAUUGCGACGAGACAGUUCUUCCUCAAAUGAUCACGAAGGUCGGAAAAUGAAAACCAGUCCUGCAUGCUGACAUUUGCUGAGCUGGGGUUGUUCAGGUUUGUACUGCAUGCCUGAAUCCGGGUGAGCAACAUACCAGUGCGAACUGAAGUCUUCUACCUGUUGGUUAUAUUUUAACAAAAUGGCAGAAUGUUUCAAAAUGUCCAGAAAGAAUCAACAGUAUUAAACACAACAGCUAGAACAAAAUGUGGAAACUUGAAAAGUAACUUGGGUAGUGGUGUUUAACAGUUGCUGUCAUGGAUGUGGAAGUGAUUAGGGGUACUGUCUGAGGAGUAGAACAGGAGCAAAGAACAGCUAGAGUUCAAUGCGAUUAAGCUUGCCCACCAAAAUCAUAAAAUAAAGAAUAUAGUCACACUACCAAUUAGAAGAUUGUGGAAGGUUAGAGUGAAGAGAAUAGGCUUUUUGGACCCAAAAAUUACAAUUUGCACAAUUGAUGAAGUUUAAGAAAUAGUAGAGGUUUUCAGUGUCUUGUUAAAAUGAGUCUGUACAAUUCUGCAUGUCAGGAAACUCUAGGCCAGAAUCAGUCAUUAUUUGACUUCGAAAAUAAAGAAACAAGCGCAUUCCUAAAACACAUCAUAUCUUUCAGGAAUUUGUUUCAAGAGGAAUUAGUGUUGAAGUUGGUCACGAUUUUUACAAUAAUGAGACAAAUUGAUAGCUUUAUCAUUUUGACAAUUUAUGUUGCUCUUGUAUAAUAUCGCAUCACUUUGCC